UGCUUCGUCUGUCCGAAUGCCAUAUUUAACGGUUGACAACAAAUACCAAUAAACAAUUGAGGUAGCAUCGUGACAUGAGCGUAGAGGAUCGAAGCGCGAGUACCAACACUGGUGCUAUAUUCGGAUGGCUUUCCACCCCUACAGGAGAACCUCCACCCGCCGCCGCAACUUGUAACGAAGGCCAAAAACCAGCAUGCUUACCCGCAGUCCUUUUCAGGGGUUGGAGAAGAACUUGCCUAUACAUAAUAAUUGUAAUAUUGAUGAUUCUAGUUUUUCUUAACAUCGCACUUACCUUAUGGAUUAUAAGCGCACUUCGACUAACUAUGAAUGGAAUUGGUCCUAUAAGAAUAGUGAAAAAUGGAAUACAAUUAAACAGCCAUGCUUGGUUCGUAGACAGCCUAGUUGCAUCCACAAUAACGUCGCAGCCCGCUCAGCCUGUCACUAUACGCUCCCACCGCAAUUUCACCGUGCUAGUUUCCGAGCACACAUUUGGAAACAACAAGAGCUUACAACAAUCGGAAGUUGCUAAGCUAUUAAUCAAGAGGGACAGCGUGGAGUGCAGCGGUCGCACAUUCGAUGUGCGCGACCACCGUGGAGGCGGCGUGUUCUACGCGUCGCGGGACGAGGUGCGCGUGUUCUCUGACGCGCUCGCGGUGGACGGCCCCGGCGGCGUCACCGUACAGAACGCCAUACAAGCGCCUUCCAUCAGAGCACCACCUGGCUCCGAUCUGCAGUUGGAAUCGUUGACUAGAAACCUCAGUUUGAGAGCCCCGAAGUUCAUUCAUCUGGAGAGCAGAGCGGGCAAUAUCGACGUCACCGCACACAGAGACAUCAAAUUCGCAUCCGACGUUGGUGCUAUCAGAAUUGAAGCUCAAAAUAUCAUCAUCAGUGACCUUAAAAAAGCAAAUACUACAACGAAACCACAAAAAAAUGUAAGAACUAUGAAGAUAUACCAGUUGUGCGCAUGCGCCUCCGGAAAACUAUUUCUCGCCGCACCAGAUGGAAUUUGUACUUCGAAUGACGAUGAACUAUGUCGAUGAAAAAAGAUUCAAAUUUGCGAUACUCAAACUGGCCAAACCUAUAAAAUGGAAGAUUUAAAAUGGUUGCAGUUCCAGUUAGGUAGACAAGGGCUAUUAUGACUUAGCAUUAGUAACUGCGAGUCAUGAUUAUAAAUCACUCCAUCACCAUCAUUAACAGUUUUCUCACUGCUGGGGUCCAUUACUUAGAUGGAUUUCUAUAUAAAAAAACGCAACCCACAACACGAACACACAUAACAAGGACCAUAGGCUUUGUUGCGCUACUUUCAAGCACGGCGGAAGAAGUCUUGGUUCCCAUCUAAUGAAUGGCUUUUUGGAAACAAACGCCAACCAAAGACGCUGUAUUCAAAUAAUACUCCAGCUUCGCCUUAAAUGUCAUUGGUACAUAUCAUCAAAUGGAGUUCGUGCUAUUAAUUUUAUUUCUAGACCCAUCUUCAGAUCAGAUUGGUUUGAAAACAUUUUAUUUAUAUGGUUACAACAGCAUUUAUAGAUAAAAUAGUAAAAAAAAUAUAUUAGAUACAGGUAGAAAUCUAACAUAUGCCAUAGGAAAUGAAUAGAACAUGAAUACAAUGAUACUGGGAACCUUAAAAAAUUAUGUGAAAAAUAAUCAUCACACAAUUAUUAUUGAAAGGGGUGUAGGAUGUACUUA